AUGGCAAAAGAAAAGUCCGGCAUUGCCUUAGGCUUGAAUAAAGGUCAUAAAGUAACACCACGGGAACUGCGACCAAAGCCUUCUCGAAGAAAGGGGGUCACUGCACGUCGGACAAAAUUUAUCCGCGAUGUAAUUCGGGAAGUUGCUGGUUACGCUCCUUAUGAAAAACGUGUAAUGGAAUUGUUGAAAAACUCAAAAGAUAAGCGCGCAAGAAAAUUGGCCAAAAAGAGACUGGGGACCUUUGUUCGUGCAAAAAAGAAGGUUGAAGAACUUAGCAACAUCAUUGCUGAGUCUCGUCGGGCUCACUAG